GAUUUACUAGUAAUAAUAGUAUUGUUGUAUGAAAUAAAAUAUUAAAGUUCAAGGUCAUUUUUUUAAUUAGCUCCGGUGUAUUGCUCUGUCGCUGCGUCGCCCGGGUCCCGGGUCCAGGAUAUUAAUGAGAAGAUGGCGCUUCAGUGGGGAUCAUAAAAGCCGAUUCGCGGCUAGCUGGUAGCUGGUAUAUGGAGGAAGGUGUCUAGAUAUAGAGUCCGGCUAUCUACUGCACACAGCUACCGUUGUCGGUCUGGGUCUGGACGGUUUGCGUCUAAAGGAGUAAACACCAGCACACUCUGUCGAGUUUGUUUUAUUAUUUUAACAUUAUCAGUGUUUAUGAUAAUAUCAAGUACAUUGUUGAGCAAAUGGAGCUGAGUGGUGAAGACGCGAGGGGUAACGUCAUAAGCGGGGCAGAGGGCGGUACUCCAAAGACCCUAGUGCUGUUGUAUGAGUGGACUGGAGUGCUGUUGAGAGGGAGAAAAGGAGGGAAAACAUUAAUACUAUAAAUAAUUAUCAUAGUAACAAUAAUAAUUUCAAUAGCAAUAGCAACAACAACAGCAACAAUAAUAACAAAAUAUAUAUAAAUUAAAAGGUAAACUUACAAAGGUAAUAAAAAAAAAAGUAACAACGUAAAAGGGUGUUGUGUUGCAAAACGCGUUGAUGUGCGUGAAGCGGGCGCGUGGUACGCUCGGCGCGGCGACCACAAAUGAGCUCGGUAAUAUCAUUAGCCUCGGCGGCGCCACAAUUCAAAAAAAAUGUCAAACAUAUCACCGUCACAAUUACUAAUAAAUGGUGAUAAUGAUAUUGUAGUUGCCGCAAAUUAUCAAGAAUUCCACGUGGUGGACACUAAUCGUCUAGACAUAAGUGAGAUUGGAGUUGCGUCUGAUCUGGGCGCAGUUGUUGAAGGUGUAACGUCAACCUCAACAUCCUCCGUUGUUGUUGUUGACUAUCACAAUCAUACAGAGUUACACAGCACACCAUCUUCCACAUCGUCAUCGUCCUCGUCCUCGUCGUCAUCCUGCUCAUCAUCUUCCUCGUCAACGUCACUGCUGUCACUCACCGAUCCUAAUAUUUUGACACACAGUGCAGUUGUUGUUAAUUCCAGUGCCGGUGCCAGUGCCAGUAAUAACAAUAACAAUAAUAGCAAUAGCAGUAGUAGUAGUAAUAAUAAUAUUAAUAAUAUUAAUAAUAAUAAUAAUAACAACAGUAAUAAUAAUAACAGUAGUAGUGCGGCGACUGCUGCAUACAACAUGGUAGCGGCGAUGAACGAGCACUUGUCGUCCUCAUCAGCGACCAACAGCGCACGUACUACGAGCGCACAAAACGAAUUUAUAAUAACCAGUGGACACGGGGUUACUGACAACGUUGAGGACGUUGUCGGCGACAAGCCAACCUCCGCUGGCAUACUGACUUUUCCCUGUGACUUUGAUCACAUGUAUGCCAGCAUGACAGACGGCGGAACCCCAGCUGUAGCUGCGACCGCGACAUCGGCCCUCGGCGUUAGUCCUCUCAGGGGCAACGAGCCACGUCUCAAUGAUCUUGCAGAGGUCAAGCACCUCAAGGAAUUGUUAUUACUCCAUCUUGACCUUAUACAACAGCAAUCUGAACAAAUUGUCACUAAAGAUAAACUACUGGCUGCUCUUAGACAGGAAAAUGAGACGCUUAAAUUGCGGCUGGAGCGCAUGGACAGACGCGUUAAUUUACAAAAAUUGCGCUCCGAAAGUACGGAAAAUUCAAUAGCCUCGGAUAUUACUGGACCAUGCUCGCCACCGAGUCUUCAUGCCGUCAACAUUGUCACACCACUUAUUGUCAACGAGCAGCAUCAUAAAAAUCUUCCUGAGUGUAAUAAUAGCCCGCAGUACAAUGAGAGUUUUAAAAUACGACUAAAUACCAGCGGUGGUAUUACGACUGUUAAGCAGGAGCACACAAAUGACAAUUUGAAUAAAUUAGAAGUUAAGCCAGACAUCGGUGGUGCUGGUGGUGGUGACGCGAGGCUAGAAUGGGAGAGCAAAAGAAAUAAGAGAAAAUCGGAUCCAAUACCUUUGCAAAGUACCGGCAGUAAACGUAAACGUGGGGUGUCAUGCUCGUCGACAAUCAGCAACGACACGACAUCAACUAUUCCUGACACUAAAAAUUCAACGCACGAUCCGAGUAAUAGGAAAUCUGAUAAAAAAGGUAAAUCAAUUAUCAAGAAAGAAUCAUUUUUAACAACUGAAGAGCAUUAUUACACUGCUCUGGGUGAUCCUCAUUAUAAUUUGAGGACGAAACCUAAAUUGGAAGACGAUCCAAAUAAUUUAGAAGUACCGAGUUGGAGAAUAAAAGUUUACACCAGUUGUUAUACUAUGGAAGGAACGGAAAAUUUGGAUGAUGAAAUUUUUAAUAAACGUCAUUUGAAACUGGAGAAUGAUGAGAGAAGAAGAAAACGAUGGGAUGUACAAAGGAUAAGGGAGCAGAGGCAUAUUGAAAAAUUAAAACAAAGGCAAGAGCGGCAAAACCACCAGGCGACAUGUUACAAUACCAAUCACACUGGGCCAUGUCCAUCAACUGCUGAGGAAGAAGUCAUUACGACACUUUGGCCGGAUAUGGACCAAAUACAAAGUCUUCAGGUUGAUCCUGAGUUACCAGUAUCUGCAUUUGGCGCUCCCGUGCCCAGUUUUACUCCUAGUGAAUUCUCUCUUCCGUGGCUCCAUUCUGCGAGAUCCAAGAGUCGGCGACCCAAACGAUCAACUAGUAGAAGAAAAUCUCGGAGAUAAGCAUUAAAGGACAUUUUAUAUUUUGUUUUAUAUCUAAACAUUUCUUCUAUCUAGUUUAUAUAUUUUAGUUUAUCAAAUCAAAAUUUUAAUUUAAUUAUCUUAUAUCUCUCACGUAUUUAAAUUUGUACUCACGAUUCCUGUGCUAAAUAGGCCACCAAAGAUGUUUUUGUAUGAUUCAUUUUUUUCUGUCUUUUUAUACUCGAAAAAAAAAAAAAAGAGAAAGAAAGAAACUGCGUGACAGGAUGAAAGUUAUCUAAUUUCUUUUUUUAAUUAAUUUUUGACACAGUCGCUAUGCUUAAUAGCUGGAAUUUUUUUUUAAAAUUAUUUUUAUUAUUGAAACUGUUUUAUAAAUAAAAUGAGUAGAUGUUUGAUACAUGUUAAAUAAAUUUGAUAAAUAUAUAUUUUGACUUAGACUAUAAUUUAAGAGAAGAUAAAUAUAAUUUUUCUUUCCGUAAUUUUAUUGAAACAUCAAAUGAUUUAUUUAUAAAAUUUCGUCUUCUAUAAAAUUAAAAAAUAUAUUUUUUGUAUGAAUGUAAAAAUUGUAGAGAAAGUAAUCAGCAUAUAAAAAAAAAUAGUAAUUACAAUAAUAGUCUAGGAUUAGAGACAUGAGUUACAAAGCCCCAAUUACGAGCCUUAUUUGUUUUUAUAUAACAUUUUAUUAUGACAAACUAUAAUUUAAUUAUUAAUUACUACACCUGUUGUAAUUUUCAUUCGUUUUAUAUAUCAUUUAUUUUUUUAAUUUUAAUUGGGGACAAAUUGUAAUUAAUUAUUAAUUAAAUUAAAAUAGAUAAAGACAUUGAAUACAGGAAUAUAAUUAUAGUUUACUUUUAAAUUUUGGGAUCGGCAUUGUAAAAAAAAAAUUAUUUUCAUGUUGAAAUAUUUAAAAAAAAAUUUAAUUGACCGUCCAGUUAUUAAAUUAUCGUCGAAAAAAAAAAAACUAUUUAACCCGAGGUUUUGUGAGCCUAAAAAGUACAAUUAACAUGUAAAUAAAAAAUUUUAUAAAUGACUUUUAUUAUUUUAUCUUUUAUUUCUAUUAAACAAUUAUAAUUUCUUAAUAGUUAUGUUAUAAAAAUUUUAUUUUAUUAUUUUAUUGAAAAUUAAUACGUUAAUAAUAAAUGAUUAGGUAUUUGUACGGCGUAUAAAUAUCAACAAAUUACAAUAAGUAAACAACAAAGAUAUAAUAAAAGUAUACAUAUUUAUAAUUAAUGUAAAAAUUUUAAGGAAAAAAAAAGUGGAAUUUACUUUCAGAUCUGUCUCAAUAAUUUACCGAGCUGUAUUAUACUAUUGCUAUAUAUAUUUUAGAAAUAAAAAAAAUAUAUAUAAUAGAAUAAAUAAUAAUCGUAUGCGUAAUGUGAAUUGAAAAUAAAAAAAUUU